AUGACCCACGGUUACCAGAUACAGUUUUACCGCAGACCAUCCGUGAAAAGGUCCCCCACCUUUACCUCGGUGAAAGACCCUGGUCACGCAGAGGUACUGCAGACAGAGAUAUCCACCCUCUUGGCCAAAGCAGCCAUACGGGAGGUGGAGUCUGGGGAUCCGCAGGCUGUUUUUUUCUCCCGCUAUUUCCUGGUCCCCAAACGGGAUGGGGGACUCCGUCCAGUUCUGGAUCUCAGGGGGCUCAACAAAUACCUCCGCCCCCUGAGAUGCAAUAUGUUGACGAUCCCCAGGGUAUGGCAAGCCAUCGCAGCAGGAGAUUGGUUUACCCCCAUCGACCUCAAGGACGCGUACUUCCAGAUACCCAUCUGGCAGGGGCACUGGCGUAUCCUGAGGUUUGGCUUCAAGGGCCGGGUGUUUGAGUUUCAGGUUCUGCCUUUUGGCAUUUCGCUGGCUCCCCGGACCUUCACCUGCUGCAUGGAUGCGGUCAUUGCACCCAUGAGGCAGCGGGGGCUCAGGAUCCUCAGUUACCUCGAUGAUUGGUUGAUUUGUGCGGAUUCAGAGGAACUAUGCCGCCGUCAUGUAGCUCUGCUCCUGGAGCACAUUCGGAGCCUGGGCCUUUGUCACAACGACAAGAAGAGCAAGCUCCAGCCCUCCCAGGUGAUAACAUUUCUGGGCAUGGUUCUGGAUUCCAGGAGGGCUACGCUAGUCCUGACACCCGAGAGACAGCUAGCCCUCAAAGCUUGCCUUUGCCAGUUUCAGCUGCAUUCGCAGGUCAACUGGGGGCUCUGCCUUCGCCUAAUGGGCUUAAUGGCCACCACGGUGCAGAUAGUUCCCCUUGCCCUCCUCUACAUGACACACCACCGCUUCUGCUCUCUCAGAGCGGUGCACGUACCAGGGCCGCUGAACUCAGCAGCGGACAUUAUGUCAAGAGGGGGACCCCACCCAGGGGAGUGGAGGCUCCACCCUCAGGUGGUGGAGGAGAUAUGGCACCGCUUCGGCAGGGCGGAAGCCGACCUGUUCGCAUGCGGGGAAUCGGCGCAUUGUCAUCUCUUCUUCUCCCUGAAGAGCGACAAUCCACCUCUGGGCUGGGAUGCUCUGGCCCACCCGUGGCCCCGAGGUCUCCUUUACGCCUUUCCUCCCUUCACUCUCCUGCAGCCUCUUCUCCGAAGAGUGUGGGUGGAUGUGGUGAGGCUGAUUCUGGUGGCUACUCUUUGGCCUCACAUGACAUGGUUCUCAGCAAUCCCGCCCCUCUUAGACGGGACGCCGUGGGAGCUCCCGCACAGGAGGGACCUGCUGUCACAGGCAGGUGGCAACCUGUUUCAUCCUUUCCCGGUGGGACUCCGGCUGGUGGCCUGGCCCCUGAAAGGGAUGGCCUCCGGGCCCUAG